CUUCUUCUUCACACAAACCCUAACUUUGAUUUCAUCAUCAGAUUCUGAAACCGCGCCAUUGUUGUUGUCUCCGUAAGCUUCUCCUUCUGUCACUCCGUCGUUCCCCUGCUUCCUACUUGAUAAAGUUUGAAAGAUUAAAAGAAGAAUGAAGAUUGAUUUUUCUGAGACAGAGUGCAGCAACUGUUACCAGUGUAGCAAUCCAGGUAUACUCAAUACUCAAGAAUCCGAACCGAGAGAUAGGAUUGGCUCAUCCAUCACUUCAGUGCCGGUUAGUUCCGGACCAGUUCAAGCUCUUGAACAUGAUUCUCCCGCUACAGUUUCAACCUCAACAUCAUCUCCAGUUCAAAGUUCUUCACCAUUCAGCUUCGGAUCCACUCCUGCGGCCAUCACAUCCGUUAGUUGGGGACCAGUUCAAGCUCUUGGACAUGCUUCUGCUGCUGUUGGUUCAACCUCAACAUCAUCUCCAGUUCAAGCUCUUGGACAUGAUUCUGCUGCUACGGUUUCAACCUCAACAUCAUCUCCAGUUCAAAGUUCUUCACCAUUCAGCUUCGGAUCUACUCCUGCUGCCAUCACAUCCGUUAGUUCGGGACCAGCGCAAUCUCCUAUAUUUGGCGAUCUCCUAGCUACCUCUGGUUCCGGUGCGUCUGCCACUUCCACAUCCUCAACUUCAUCUCCACUUCACAGUUCUUCGCUAUUCAGCUUCGGAUCCGCUCCUCCUGCCAUCACAUCAGUUAGUUCUGGACCAGCGCAAUCUCCUGCCUCAACACCCAAAUUCGGGUUCAGUACAUUUGCUGCUCCUACACCACCUACAAGCGGGACAAUGCACGCGCAUAAUUCUGGUUCACUGUUUGGGAACAAUGCUUUUGCGAUACCUGAUGUUGGUAGCUCGCCAGUAGCUUCCUCCUCAACUACUACAGAAGUUUUUGGUGCAACUCCAGCGAUUUUUCCUUCACCUUUUGGGCCAAAGCAAGCUCCUGUCCAAGCUAGUGCAUCUAGCACUUUCACAUCCCCCCUAUUUGGUUGCGCCCCAGCAUCUCCGACGACUGGUACUUCGCUGUUCAACUCUGUUUUUCGUUCCAUGCCAGCAUCAUCCUCUUCCGACCUUUUCGGACAAAACCCAUCGACUACUGGUGUUGGUUCCUUGCCUGGAUUUGGUGUUGGUUACCUGCCUGGACCUUUCUCCAACCUAUUUAGAUCAAACCCACCAAAUUUUGGUGGUGGUUCAGUCGGUGCAGGUCCUCAACGUUUUGGUUUGAAUGGAGCUACUGUGUUUCCAAGAUCGCCUUUUUCAUCAUCCCCUGCAUUUAGCAACAAUCCCAACACUGGAUCCUAUCCUUUUGCAUCUCAUGAAUGGAGUCGCCCCACUGAACAAGGUAGUAGGAAUCCUGGUUAUGCGCCUACACAUGCCGGAGAAAACACAUCUGGUUGGAGUUUCCCCACUGAAAAAGGAAAAGGCGAAAUCUAUAUUUCCAUAUCUGCUUCCAAACCUUAUCUACAUAAAAGCCAUGAAGAACUAAGAUGGGAAGAUUACAAGCAAGGAGUCAAAGGUGGGUCGUUUCCUGCUGCUCCUGCCUCUCCCAUAGGCUCAAGGCCAAACUUUGCUUUUCCACCAACAAAUGUGUCGCCAUCAAUAUUUGCUCCACCACCAACUGUGUCACCAUCAAUAUUUACUCCUACAACUGGUGUUGAUUUUCGUGCCUUCCCUGGUGUAACAACACCUUCAUCUAGCAUUUUCGAUCAACUUAAUGCGCCUUCCACUGUUUUCGGUCGCCAGUUUCCGAGCUCUAUUUCACCAUCCUCCACAACAGUUCCUCCCUUUAACUCGAGUGUUCAGAGACCCCAUGAAACCACAACUAUUUCUCCCCCAGCACAUGGAUGCACUGCAUGUGGAGCAACGAGUAGCUCCUCUGCUUCUGGUCAUUUCACCUUUAAUGGUGCCACAACUCCUCCAUCAGCUGCUACAACUCCUCCCGGGUUAUUCUUUCCUAGCACUGGUUUUGGUCCUAUGAUGUUUGGUACACCUCUUGCUGUUCAAGGCACAACUCCAGCACUUCAAGCCUAUCCUAUUCAAGGUUACAUUCUUCUCCCGUUCGCCGCCAUGAGUCUGCAGUAAUUUCUUUACUCUCUGCGUCAAACUCUUUCUUCCAAUGUGUAGGACUAAGUCUAUGUUUUGAUUAAGAAACACAAAAACAAUUG